AUGGAUCUCUCACGCAUACUGACCGCCAACAUUGACGGCCGCACCCAGAAUACGCGAUACCGUCAAUCACAGUUUCAUCGCCUCCAGUCUACCCUUGUCGAGCAUGUCGCUGAGAUCCAAGAUGCGAUUCGCGCCGAUUCUGGUCACACACAGCAGGAAGUCCGAGCGGAGGUCGUACUAGCCCUGCAGGAGCUUCGCACGCACUAUACAUCGUUGAGUCUAGCCAAAGAUCUGGAUGUCGAAUAUCGCAUCGCACAAGGGAAGGAUAACGUUGAUGGUUGGCGCGGUGCUGGAAUUGUGUAUAUCGUGCCAUGCGUCCAUACUCUGUUUUUCUCCGUCAUCUCUGCUUUGACUGCCGCCCUUGCGGCAGGCAACUGUAUCGUUCUUGAGCUUCCCCAAACGAUGUUGGCUUUGCCGGCUCUUUUGCGUCAGAUUCUACCAGAGGCGCUAGAUCAUGACACUUUUGCCAUUGCAGCCCAACGACCCGAUAGCUCGUUCCUCAGCAAAGCAUUGAUGGUCAUUCAGACUGAGUCUGAUGUACCCAACGGUCUCUUAUCACCCGCGACGGCAAGAACUGUCGCCGUUGUUGAUCGUACAGGGAAAGUCGCUGAAGCCGCACAAGCACUUGUGGCGGCACGGUUUGCAUUGGGUGGUCGAUCCCCGUACGCACCCGAUGUCGUAUUAGUAAACGAGUUUGUGAUGAAGCCUUUUGUGGAGUCGGUGAUUCAGCAUACAUCUAAAUAUCUUGCUGGUGAAAAUGGUGAAGCCCGGCAAGCAUCUGGCUCGUCACGACGAUCGGGAUUAUUGGAUUCGAUCACCAAGGACCGAAGCGCACGAGUACUCGUUUCCGGAAGCAAUUGGGGCAUUGUUGAAGUUCAGGAUCGAAACUCGCCUUUGCUUCAGAAGAAGAUCAAUGAGAAGGUCUUGCUAGUGCAUCCUGUCACCAGCUUGGAUGAUGCCAUUGAUGUCAACUUGUUUGUCCCCCUUUUCCACAUCUUCAAUUUGGUCCGAAUGAUCUACUAA